AAUUGAUUGAUUUGAAAAUUGUACAUUGCAGACUUGCAGUGGCAAGUUUGAAGCUGAAGGCUGAAAGGUGUGAGUGAAGAGAACUAGAGUCGGUGGUGUAGCCGUGCAGGGGAAGCAUGAACCGUGCAAGGGAGAGGAAGUCGAAGACAUCGUCACCGUCGCUGAUUCCAAUGGGAAUCGAACCUCCUCGCGAUUUGCUUCCCUCCAAGCACGACUUCCCCAAGCUCCUCCUCGUUCUCGCCAUCUCCACCCUCGUUGCUUGCUUCUGCAACCUCUUCUUCACCUCUUUCGUUAAUCCCCCUACCAAACCCUUCUGCGAUUCCAACUUCAUCCACUCCUCACAUUCAUUUUCCGAUGAUUGUGAACCUUGCCCAACUCAUGGAGAAUGCUACGCUGGCAUGCUCGAAUGUUUCAAGGGUUACCGCAAGCAUCGUAAUUUAUGCGUAGAAGACAGUGAAAUUAGUGAAUCAGCUCGCAAAAUUGUGGAGAGAGUAGAGUUUCACCUUUGUGAAGAAUAUGCUCAGUUUAUGUGCUAUGAAACUGGAUCAAUUUGGGUUUCAGAGGAUGAAUUGUGGAAUCGUUUGGAGCCAUUUGGGGAUGUCUCCUCGGACAAUGCGCUUUAUAAUUUCACGAAAGAGAAGGCAAUUGAGUCAAUUGGUAAAUCAUUGGAGCUGAGGUUAAAUUCUCAUGGGAUGAAGGAGUACAAGUGUCCAGAUUCGUUGGCGGAGCAUUACAAGCCAUAUGCCUGUCGCCUUCGUCAGUGGAUACUACGGCACAUUCUACUUGUUUUGCCUGUUUUUGCCAUGCUUGUUUUAUUGACAACUCUGUUCUGGAAUGUCCGGCGGAAACUACGCAUUUCAAAAAGAGUGGAGGAGCUUUACAACCAGGUCUGUGAAAUACUUGAAGAUAAUGCAUUGACGGCAAAGAGUGCAAAUGAUGAACGUGAACCCUGGGUUGUUGCUUCUAGGCUACGAGAUCACCUGCUUUUGCCUAGAGAGCGGAAGGACCCUCUAUUAUGGAAAAAGGUAGAAGAAUUGGUUCAAGAAGAUUCGCGAGUAGAUCGCUAUCCCAAGUUGGUGAAGGGUGAAUCAAAAGAGGUUUGGGAAUGGCAAGUUGAAGGCUCUUUGAGUGCCUCAAAGAUGAAGAAUAAAAGAGAUGCAAGCAAAACGGCGGUCAAAGAAGGCAUGAACCUUAACUAUCAAAACCAGCCCAUUAUGAAAGCGGAGCAUAAGGAGCCACUGUUUUGAUACAAAGUAUUGCUUGUACUUUGUACAAUAGAAGGUUGUAUAAGAUACGUUGUAUAUUCUUUACAGCAAAACAUGGGGCAAAUGUGCGGCAUUGUUGUGUGUGUUUCGUUCAUGCAGUUCCAAAGCACUUACAAUUUGUAUGGUAUGUGCUGACUGCUGAUAACUGAGGAAGAGAAAUCAAGUAUUCAAGUCCCUGAAACUGUGUGACCCUCGCGGGUCUUAGAUGUAGGCUUUCUGGAUGAAUGGCAUCAUAUAAUGUGGAAGAGUCCAGUGUUGUGAUUAGUGAAGGUAGAUUUUGAGGAAUUUGCAUCAUAAGGUCAGGGCCUUUUUAGCAUUAGACUCCAUUACUCUUAAUUGAUCCCAAAAAAAAUGUUUAAUGUUCUCUCCCGCAUGUUAAUUUUAUAUAGGCAAAUGUUGUAUGGACAUAUAGAUUGGCAUCCGGAUUAAUAUGCAUACUAAAAACACUAGUAACCUUGUAAAUUUGUCUUCUACGGUAAUAUAAUGCUUCCGUAGCUAAA